UCCUUCUGAAUCUCGUCCUAGAAAGUUAGAAACUAUUAGAAUUCCGUAGAACCUUCCCCUCAUCACUCACACAACCUCCCGAACCCACAAGAAACCCUAAGAAACCAAAUCACCAUCCUCCAAACCCCCUAUAAAAAUACAAACAACUUCACUAUCUCGCUACCAUCAAACAUUCCCCGCUCUCACGCAUUUCGUCGAACAUGUCGCUUGUCCGCGGCUGUCCCUUCUUCGCCUCUAACCACAGCAACAUCUUCGACCCAUUCUCCCUCGACCAUUGGGAUCCCUUCCAAAGAUGCCCCUUCAUCAAAUCCUUCGCUUCCCCUGUCUCCAUCGACGAAUCCUCGCCGUCCCCGGCCUUCUACGCGCGCGUCGACUGGAAGGAGACGCCGGGUGCGUACGUGUUCAAGGUCGAUCUUCCAGGGAUGAAAAAGGAGGAGGUGGAGGUGAAGUUAGAGGAUGGACGAGUGCUUCAUAUCAGCGGCGAUCGGAAGCGGGAGGAAGGAGAAAAGACCGAUACAUGGCAUCGCAUCGAGCGCAGCAUCGGCAGCUUCUUGCGCCGCUUCAAACUUCCGGGUUCUGCUAAGGCGAGCGAUGUGAAGGCUGCAAUGGAGGAUGGGGUGCUUACAGUUGUUGUGCCCAAGGAGGAGGAGAAGAAGAGAGCUGAGGUGAAAAGGAUUGAAAUCUCUGGCUGAGAUCUGUAGUCUGAGUUGUGUUUGGUUUUGUUUGAAGUGUUCUAUGGAUCGAUGGGCUGUGUUUUGGCAAUGUAUUAUAAAUAAAUA